CAUCCACUGGCUCCGACUUAAACGAAAAUAUUUAUUACUAAGAUAUAUUCUUGACGCACUUCAUCUACUUUUGCAGUCGUGGAGGACAUCGUCUGGAAGGACACCAAUACCCUUUGAUAGGAGUUUGCAACGAUAUAAAUUCAUCUUGUGCGGAGACUUUGUCUCUGCGGACCUUCUAAAUGCCUUUCAUUGAGAAAGGGCUUCGGACAUUCAGUGCUGUGAAUGUGUACAAGCAACAAAUUACUUGAUCAAGAUGGGUAAUAAACAAACGAUAUUUACCGACGAGCAGCUUGAUGCUUAUCAGGAUUGCACGUUUUUUACUCGGAAAGAAAUUCUGCGGCUGCAUGGCAGAUACCAUGAGCUGGCUCCACAUCUUGUACCAAUGGACUACACCAACGAACCUGAUUGUAAAGUCCCAUUAGCCUUAAUAGUCAACAUGCCAGAAUUAAAGGAAAAUCCAUUCCGCAACAGGAUCGUGGAGUCAUUCUCAGAGGACGGGAUGGGAAAUCUUAGCUUCAAUGAGUUUGUGGACAUGUUUUCAGUCCUGAGUGAAAUGGCUCCUAGAGAACUCAAGGCCAUAUAUGCCUUUAAAAUAUACGAUUUCAAUGUGGAUAAUUACCUGUGCAAAGAGGACCUGGAAAAGACUCUGAAUAAGUUGACAAAGGAGGAGCUGACUCCUGAAGAAGUUGAGCUGGUGUGUGAGAAAACCAUUGAGGAGUCAGAUUUGGACGGAGACCACAAACUUUCUUUUGCUGACUUUGAAAAUAUGAUAUCCAGGGCCCCGGAUUUUUUAAGUACCUUUCAUAUAAGAAUCUGAGAGGGUUGGAUGGACAGUUUCUAAGUUGGCUGGACCUCAAGACUUUACCUGAGCCAUGUCCUGAUCACAGCACAGUAGUUGUCUGUCACUCUCCAUCGUACCUCUCUGACCUUUACUGCAGUCGGAACUUGAGAAGAUGGAUUCUGAUGAUAGCAAAUUUUCUAAACCCUGUAAUUGUUUUGAAACCAUGAAAAGGCAGCAUAUCAAAUGUUUUAAUUUGAUGCUAAAAACAAGAAGAAGGGCUAAAAAAAAAAAGAAAAGCUGACUAAGACAAAAAAAAAAAAUAAUCACAGCUACCAAGUAUCAUAGUUAAAUAGUAAUGUG